CUUUAGUAACAUAAAUAUACCAAACCCUCCAAUCUCUCCACACCGUCAUUAGCUACUCUCUUCCUACCAUCUCUCUUGCGGCCAGGGUUUAAUCCAAUUCUCUAUCAAGUUCAGCUCUAAUAUAUCAUCAUGGGUAAGGAAAAGAGUCACAUCAACAUUGUGGUCAUUGGCCAUGUUGACUCUGGAAAAUCAACCACCACUGGCCACUUGAUCUACAAGCUUGGAGGUAUUGACAAGCGUGUCAUCGAGAGGUUCGAGAAGGAAGCUGCUGAGAUGAACAAGAGGUCAUUCAAGUAUGCCUGGGUGCUGGACAAGCUCAAGGCUGAGCGCGAGCGUGGAAUCACCAUUGAUAUUGCCUUGUGGAAGUUUGAGACCACCAAGUACUACUGCACUGUCAUUGAUGCCCCUGGACAUCGUGACUUUAUCAAGAACAUGAUUACUGGGACUUCCCAGGCUGACUGUGCUGUGCUUAUCAUUGAUUCCACCACUGGUGGUUUUGAAGCUGGUAUCUCCAAGGAUGGCCAGACCCGUGAGCACGCACUCCUUGCCUUCACCCUUGGUGUGAGGCAAAUGAUCUGCUGCUGUAACAAGAUGGAUGCCACCACUCCAAAAUACUCCAAGGCAAGGUAUGAUGAAAUUGUCAAGGAAGUGUCAUCCUACUUGAAGAAGGUCGGUUACAACCCCGACAAGAUUCCCUUUGUCCCCAUCUCUGGAUUUGAGGGUGACAACAUGAUUGAGAGGUCCACCAACCUUGACUGGUACAAGGGCCCAACACUCCUGGAUGCCCUCGACCAGAUCCAGGAGCCAAAGAGGCCCUCAGACAAACCCCUCCGUCUCCCACUCCAGGACGUGUACAAGAUCGGUGGUAUCGGAACUGUCCCAGUGGGUCGUGUUGAAACUGGUUUCAUCAAGCCCGGCAUGGUUGUCACAUUCGGUCCAACUGGACUGACUACUGAAGUCAAGUCUGUUGAGAUGCACCAUGAGGCUCUGCAAGAGGCCCUUCCUGGUGACAACGUGGGGUUCAAUGUUAAGAAUGUUGCUGUUAAGGAUCUGAAGCGUGGUUUUGUUGCCUCAAACUCCAAGGACGAUCCUGCCAGGGAAGCUGCCAACUUCACCUCCCAAGUUAUCAUCAUGAACCAUCCUGGACAGAUCGGAAAUGGUUAUGCUCCAGUCCUUGACUGCCACACCUCUCACAUUGCUGUGAAGUUUGCUGAGAUCCUCACCAAGAUUGACAGGCGGUCUGGUAAGGAACUGGAGAAGGAGCCCAAGUUCCUGAAGAACGGUGAUGCUGGUAUGAUUAAGAUGAUUCCCACCAAGCCCAUGGUGGUGGAGACUUUCUCAGAGUAUCCUCCACUUGGUCGUUUUGCUGUGAGGGACAUGCGCCAGACCGUUGCUGUGGGUGUGAUCAAGAGCGUGGAGAAGAAGGAUCCCUCUGGUGCCAAGGUGACCAAAUCUGCUGCCAAGAAGGGUGGCAAGUAAUCAUUGUGUUGUGCAAUUACUGGUUUGUUUCUUGUUAAUUGUUAAUUGUCCCUAAGCUGUGUGUCAUGAGAAUUGUAGUUCUAUUUUGUGGAAUCUUGUUCUGAGAUUUUGGAGAUUGUACUAUGUUUCUAGAUUCAUUAUCGGCUCGUGAAAUUUAGGUCUCGAGCAUUUGGACGCAAAGAACUCCAUGUCAUGUUUUUGUUUAUGGGCGUUGAAUUGACAUUAGUUGUCUGCCCGCCUGCUCAUAUAUUAAGUCUUCUUUCUAGUUCUACACCCUUUCCUUUCUGUCUGCUCAUAUUCAGCUGUCGUAAACUUGUCGAUCUCUUUCUUGUAUUUUGUACUAUUUAGAAUGCGUUGAAAUGCGCUGCCUCUUGUUGUCA